CUCCCAAAGUGCUGGGAUUACAGGCGUGAGGCACCACGCCUGGCCGAUCCUCAGACAUUUUUUAAUUUUCCUUUUUUAGUGUUACAGUCAGCCAUUUGCAAAAUGAGACUUCCCCCUAACUUUGCGUCAAACUCAGAGACGUUGUCAUCUUGGCUUUGAUGUGGUGGAGAAGAGGGGCUUCCCGUUCUGGGACGAGGUGUCUCCACCUGGGUCCGGUGGACACUGGGGCUGGAUUGUUCUCUGGGGUGGGGCCAUCCUGGGCACUGCAGGGUGCUAAGCAGCAUCCCUGGCUUCCACCCACUCCAUGCCAGGAGCGCCGCCCCCGAGGCAUGGCAAACACAAAUGUCUCCAGACACUGCUGGUGUCUCCUGGUGAGCAGAAUUUCCUCCAUUUGAGGACCCCUGGACCAGGGUGCUGGAAUGGGGGUGAGGGGUACUCUGCAGUUAUUCUCUGCUCUUUUUUUGAGGGGAUGGGGAAUGGAAAGCAAGAGCCUAUCAUCCACCAAAUGGCUCUGUGGCUUGACACUGCAGUGCUACCAACAAAAACCAUGUCCCUAGUCUUGGGGGACCAAGGAACCUGGGGGAAUAUGACUAUAGUCAUGUAAUGAGGGCGGGUUUAUGUAUUACGCAAGUGCUGGGCUGGGGAGUCAGGACAUACCCGCAGGGAAGAAGACAGACAGGUCCUUCUCUCCUGGAAGCCCCUCGUGAAACACCUAAUUGGUGACAUGGUACACUGGAGGAUCAGAGGGUGUCACUCAAGCAUUUUGGCUUGGUGGCGGUGGGGGCGGGGGCGCGCCAGGCACUCAAGCACCCCUAAGCUGAUCUGGAGAAAGUGUCGGGGAAGGGGAACAUCAGCAUUUCUCCCUGAGGAAUCAUCUUACGCCCAUGAUGGCAACUGGCCCACAGUAACACUGAUGGAGCGAGCAUCUUCUUAUGGCUCGGUAACCCAAUAGCUGUGUGGCCAUGGGCAGGUUACUGAACCUCUCUGUGCCUCAGUCUUCUCUUCUGUAAAAUGGUAACAUCUAGGAUUGUUGGGGGAAAUAAAUGGUUAAUAAUUGGACUAGUGCUGGGUGCAUAGGAAGCUGUAAGUGUUAUAGCGUGGCCACAGCCCCCCCUCUCCCCUCCUCUCUCCUGUCUCCGCUUUGCUGCUGCCCUGCUGCCUUGAUGGGAUACUCCCUCUGUCUCUGUUUGUCUGUCUAUCUGCCUGUCUCAUCCCCUUUUCUUUCCUCUGUUCCCCCACCCCCACCACUGAUGCAGUUUGGACCAAGUUUUCUUCAGCCAGUUAAUUUAGAGACAAGGAGAACCUAGAUAUUUAAUGGGGGCUUGGGGGACUUCCUUACAGCCGCAGGUCUCUGUGAAAAGGGCCCUGGAUGAUCUCUGCAGAAGCCCACCUGCUGUUGGUUAGCCAGGACCAUCUCCACUUUCAGACACCAGCUUCAUCCAAACACUCUUUGCUGUAUUUAUAACCACAGUGCAUUUCCUCGGGACGCACAUCUUACGGCUUCUUGGCGCCUUCGCCCAGGGUGCACUGCCUGGACCAUCGCCCGCCGGCAGAGACACUGUCUUUCUUUGUGUGUUCUCCUUCCUCUGGUCGAGAUGUGGCUUGGUCAUCUGGAGCGGGGCCCAGAAGUCGCCUCGGCUUCGUGGAGGCUCGCUGUCCCCAUGGCGGAAAGCUCGGCCACACACCCUGAUGUCUCGACACCUUUGAGCUGCCCGUGAAUGGGUUUUCAGAGCUUCCCGUGUUUACUUCGCUGCACGCCUCUGUUUGUGCUCUGGAGAAAUUCUUGGCAGAGGAGAAGCCAAGUGGAAAAACAGCCCUGCUUGGUGUCAGGGCUUGAGGUUGAGGGAGAAAGACUGAAAUGGAGAUUUGCAUGAACUGGUUUGUGCAUGUAACAAGAGUUUGUCUUAAAAAAAAAAAACAAAAAAACUGGCCUGGUGCGGUGGCUCACUCCUGUAAUCCCAGCGCUUUGGGAGGCUGAGGCCGGCAUAUCACGA